GGGGUCCCGCGGGGCCCCUGCGGUGACAGCGCGCGGCUCCUUGGCCACGAGCGCUCGUACCGGCCCCGGGGGCAGGGUUAGAGCCCCCGCCUUCGAAGUUUAGACAUCUAACCCGAUUCACCUUUUCAUCCUGUGGUGAGAUUGGCUCGUCAGAAUGAUUCACUGCUUUUUACUGUGAAACGGAGACAAGAAUUUCACACAGGAGUCUAAGGACACUCAACAAAAGACACCUUCGUUCCUUCCAAGGGUCUCAGGGUCAGCCGCCCCAUUGCAGACAGACCCAUGCUUGCUCAGAUGGAUGGACAUGAAUUUCAGAGAGAUGCUUCUGGAAACAGCGCUGCUCGGGCUACAUUCCCCAUCAAAGGCAAAGAGACCCUGUUGACACUUUCCUGGUAAACUCCCAUGGUAAUACAUGAAAAAUGGAAGCGGUAAGCCUCGCUCCAGUAGGAGAGGAUUGCUUUUAAACAACUUGUGCCUGCUGUGUCGUGUCUGGAGUUGGAGCUGAGCGGAGCCACCAGGAGGGCACGUGUGACAGGAGCCGCAGCUGCAGGUUGGAGGGUGCUGGCUGCCCCAGCUCUCAAGGCCUGGCCAGUGUUGGCAGAGUGUGUACAAGCCCACUCCACCGAGCAGAUUGAUUCAGCCCAGCCACCCUGCAUAGCAUGUCCCUCCAUGAGCACGCACUGUCCCUCUUCCGCAGCGCGGUGGGCACCGUCCAGCCAGCUCAGAUGCUGAAGAGGGCUGUGAAGCUCCAGGGAGACAGGUGCCCUCAGCUGCUGGUGAAGGGACGGGCCUUUCCAGUGAAGAGGGACCUGUACCUGGUGGGUUUUGGCAAAGCUGUGCUGGGGAUGGCUGCAGCAGCAGAAGAGAUCCUGGGAGACCACCUCAUUCGGGGGAUUAUCAACGUGCCACUAGGCAUCCAGGAGAGCCUGCAGCGAGCAGUAAGGGGGGCUGUGUCUGGACAGUUUGGGGGGGUAGGCUGCCAGAUUUGUCCUCUGUGGGAUGUUGCUGUGAAUCCCUUCUGUCCUUUCCAGCUGCCCUCGCUCUGGUGCCCACCCCAUCCACCACACCACCCUGGUCAACCUCCAUCUCGUCCCAAUGGCACUAGUGACACAGCCAAUCUCUUGCACUGGAUGCAGUGCCUCCCCAGCCCUGGGAAAGAGACAGCAAAGGCCACCUCCCUGCCCUGGUCACUCGCCAUACACCUCUGGUGCACCAGGCCCAUUUGCCUGCUGAGCGACAGCCUGUCUGCCUGUACAUGUCAGUGGUGUGACUGCUUCUCUUACCUUACCAGGGAGAUGCUCCUGAAGCCACACAGCAAAAUCCAAGUUAUUGAAGGUGCCAAGAACAACCUCCCAGACCCAGAGGCUCUGAAAGGAGCAGUAGCCAUCCAGGAGUUGGCUGAGGGUCUGACCGUGGACGACCUGCUCCUUGUGCUCAUCUCAGGGGGUGGAUCAGCUCUACUGCCUGCUCCCAUCCUUCCCAUCCUCCUCGAAGAGAAGGAGAAACUCACAAAGAUGCUGGCUUCCCAAGGAGCUGCCAUACAGGAGCUGAACAUUGUCCGGAAGACUCUGUCCUUGCUGAAGGGUGGAGGGCUGGCCCGGCUCGCAUAUCCUGCACAGGUGGUGAGCCUCAUCCUUUCUGAUGUGAUUGGUGACCCCCUGGACAUCAUAGCGAGUGGGCCCACUGCUGCCAGCUCCCACAGUGUCCAAGACUGCCUUCAGAUACUCACCAAAUACAACCUGCUGCACAACCUGCCCAAGUCUGUGGAAACAGUCCUGUCCAGCUCUUCCACCGAGAUCCCUGCUCCAGAAGACUAUGCCCACGUUUGCAACAUCAUCAUCGGGUCAAAUACGCUGGCUUUAGACGAGGCCAAACGACAAGCUGAGGGCCUGGGCUACACAACUCUGAUUCUGAGCACGGCAAUCUGUGGGGAAGUAAGCCACGUUGCCAUGCUGUACUGCCAGCUGAUCCGGCUGGUCUGCCUGGGCUUCGCCGGCCUCAGAGAAGGGCCUCUGAGUGACAAGGUGAGAGGGAAUCUCCUGCAGCUGGCAUCAGAGCUAGAGAUCCCGGGUUUGAACCUUGCUGAGUUUCUGCAGGCCCUGCGAGAAUUAGGGCCUGAAAGACCAGUCUGUAUCCUGGCUGGCGGAGAAACCACAGUUCAGCUUCAAGGAACCGGCAAGGGCGGGAGGAACCAGGAGCUGGCACUGCGCGUCGGGCUGGGGCUGCACAGGGCACAGGCUACAGAAGUCAGCAGCUCCCCACGGAGGUGUGAAAUCCUCUUCCUCAGUGGAGGAACGGAUGGGCAGGAUGGGCCGACGGAAGCAGCAGGGGCCUUCUGCAGCCCAGAGCUGGUGGAUGAGGCGCUGCGGGAGGGCCUCGACGUGGAGGCCUUUCUCAGCAACAACGACUCCUAUACGUUCUUCAGUCAGUUCCAAGGUGGGCGUCACCUCCUGGUGACAGGCUUGACAGGCACCAAUGUCAUGGACAUCCAGGCCAUUUUAAUUAGAGCUACAGAAAGGUCAUGAGAGCUGCCUCUGCAGAUAUCCAGAUGCAUUUAAUUAGGACCAGGGGUAAAUGAAGGCAUCAACGCUGCAGACAAACGUAAACUACUUAAAUUAGGGCUCACUGUCAAGGGUGCUAAUAUCUUUGACAGAAGGAAUCCACUAAUUAGACACAAGUGGACGUCCACAGCAAAAAGCAAGCACUUGUAAUUGGGAUCAGAGGAAGGUAAGAGGUCACAUGGCAGACACAGAGGCUGGAUUUAACACUUCUGCUGAGAGCCACCACUCUUGUGACUGCUUCAACUACAGUUAAAAGAUGUGGGGAAAUUAAGGCCAUGGUAGGGCUGCCAGGGAGAGCCCUCACCACGGCUGUUGCACCUCCAGUGCCCCCAGCUCAAGAGCAGCUCAUCAGGGGGCUUUUGCAGGUUCACAGAAGUGCCUUACAGUGACCAAAGGAUGUAAAAGCAAGGCUUGCCCAGCUGGAAGUGCGGAGAUGCUGGGCAAACACGGUGGGAAGGGGACACCCAGCACCAGCUCUGCAUGCCAACACAGCGCCCUGCAGCUCAUCCCACACCAGGGUACCUGAGGCGAGACAGAGACCCCGCACACAGCAUGACGCACACCCAGCAGCGCGGCUGAGGAGCGUGUUGGCCGAGAGCAACGUUUUGUCUCGAACGCAUGACACAAAAGCAGUGCACAGUGAGAGACACAGAGGGUGGGAUACCUUCACUGUGCAGCACAAGGAAGAGGAUGAUUGCAGUGCAGUGUCAAGGCAACAGAGGUGAGCCCUUCACCUCCAGCCUCCUUCCCUCCAUGGGGACAUCUUCCCUGCUGAUCCCUGUUGGGAGAGCCUCCGUGCCAGUAGUGUGUAUGCUAUGAGCUUUCACGGUGUUGUGUUCCAACUGCCUCGAAAACAGUCACACAGCCAGCCUGAGCCACUGACCUUUCUUCUGUGCCGAGGCAGAAGUCACUGUCACUCUGAUUAACUCCACUUAUUCUGCGGAACAAAAGGCAAGGAAGCCUUCACGCUCAGUUCUCCUGACCCAUGCUGCUGAGCUGAUCAAAGGGCAAAGCUGCCGGAGCCGUGCCUUGACAGGGAGCCGCUCCCCCACAUGUAUAAGGACGUGGUGGUUAGCAUGGUUUCGUCACCUACUGCAGUGCAAUAUGUGGGAGAGCAGAGAUGAGCCGGGUUUCCCAAGACGCAGAACCCACGGUGGGGCUGGGUUUCAGUAGGGCUCUGCCUGUAGCAACAGGCACGGUGAUGGUUUUGGCUGGAUAUUCAAAAGAUUUCAGCUCAGCAGCCAGUAUGACCCAACACGUCCAACUCCUUUUGAAUAUCUGCCUGUUUGUUACAGCGCCUAAGUGGGAGCUGGGCUCCUUUGAAAAUCCAGCCCUAAUUUAAUAGGACACGCUUGACUCAGACUCUUUCCAGACAGACCAACCUACUCCCUGUGGCUGAUCUCGUGACAUAAAUACAUCGUCCUGCCAACGCCGUGAGUCGUGGUGUCUCACUGAACUCUGUUCUGCACCCCGCUGCAAGACGGAUGGGAGGAUGGAUUUUUGAGGAGGAUGCGACACCUCCUGCUUUGAUUUUGAAGCCAAUAUCUAACAAGCAGGGAUAUCAGCAGGACUGUCACGGGGACCGGUAUCGAUGCCAGGCUGGCAGCUGGGCUGUCUGGGCCACAGCCCAGGCGUAGUGUCAAGGCACAAGCCUGGGGAUUUCAAAACCCCAGUCUUACCCGGUGGUUUAAACUCAUCCACACAUCUCAUUUGUCCUGCGAGUCUGAAGGUCUUCUGUAACAUGCCUGAACUUGCUCAUGCUGGCAAACAGCUUUGAGAUCUGCCAGGGAAAACCUGCCAAGCAUUAUAAAGCUCGCUGUGCCCCCGUCAUCUCAGGUGGUGGUUGCGCAGGAGAAGCUGCUUUUUGCUGGGCGUUUUUCCUCCGGAGGUCGCUGGCAGGUUGCCUCCUCCAUGCCCGGCAUGCCAGCACCGCAGGAGCACUAACACAUGCAGUGAUACAGCCAAAAAGUACAGGCUGUGGCCAGGAUAGCCAGCUCCAAAAUGUUGUUAAUGCUUCCUGUCCAAUUCUGCUCCAGUGAAAUCCAGAGUGAUUCCGAUUUUGGGCUGGAGUGCCUGGCAGAAGGGUCACUGGCAUCUUCAGCAGCAGGCCUGGCGUGCCAGCCUGGGCACACUGUCACAGGCCCUCUGUAGCCCUGCCACAUCGCCGGGCAUGUCCUCAGAGCUGCUGCAUCACAGUCAAGUUCACCAGACCUUGGGCUAGCGCUCGCUGGCUUCUCCUGGGAAAUGCCUAACACACAUUCCCUGAGCAGCGUCCGUGCUUUCUAAACAGUGACUUCACUAAUGGUUAAAAAGAGUUUGUGCUGGGGAGGAGAGCUUUGAUGAAAGGAUGGAGCUGUUUGAAGUGCACUUCACACCUACAUUCGCUUGGCCUCCAUAUACGGUGUUUGUUCUCGUCCCUUCUUUUCUAACAAGGGGUAACAGGACAGGGGGAGGUUGACCAAGGACACCCAGGUCACAGAAACACUUUUCCCCCUCUGAUGCUCCUACCUGGGUAGGACAAAGCUCCAUUUCUGAGCGAUUGCUUGGGUGGACCUUGUGCAUCUUCUGCCUAGGGAGGGACAGAGCUUCGGAGCAUGCGCACCCGUUACAAACGAGGCACGGGUUUAGUCCUCUGGCCAGUGCUCGGCACAGAAUCACCCAUUACUGCUCUGGCCCAAAGCCAUCUCCCUUGGUCCUGCAGUGCCUUUGCUGACAGCAAACGAUCCCACGCAUGAGCCAGCACACAUUUGGGCCGCACUGGUCGGGUUUUGCGAGGAUUUGCAAGAUAACAGUUGCAUCUGAAGAUGCAACAGCAUUGCUUACCUGCCAAGUAAUGAUUUGUAUCUGGGCUGUCAGAGCCUGCCAGGAGCGAUGACUUCCCCAUCACGAACUUGAGUGGUCACCACAGGGCUCUGCAGCUUGCCCGCGCUGCCCUGGAUGGGAUACGAGCACCACAUGAGCGUAGCCAGGCGAAUGGAGAAACCCAGAGUGCAACUGUGGUCACACCAAGCGAUCCCAGUGUGUGGGCUGGGCCCAGCUCCACGCCAUCCUGGCUUUGGGGUCAAUUUGCUCUCCUAAGCGGGCUGCUCGU